AUGGAUAGCUUGGAAAAUGUGGAAGAUUUAACUCUUUUGUGGGAUUUUGAUCAGAGCAAUGAUGAUCUAAAGAUGCAACUCUACCGUGUGACAAACGAACUAGCAAUAGCAAAAGAACAAAGAUUUCAACAAACACAAAUUAACAAUGAGAACAUCAAAAAAUUGAUUUAUCUUUUGGAGAUUGCUUAUAAGGAAAGAGAUGAAGCAAAAGACCAAUUACGCAGACAAAUGAUGAAGCUUAAGCCUCAUACUAUAAUGACAACAACCCACCCGAAUAAACAAGAACAACCCAAUAUAAGCUCUAUUAUGGGUCAAGUCAUAACGGAUCCGAAUACCUCUAACCCAUCAAUCACUCUACCAACCCAACAACAACAACAAUCUGGUAUGUAUAACAGUUGGAACCUUAGCCCGAAUGUCAAUACGGGUAUAACUAACUAUUCAAACCCGACUACUCCAUCAUCCAUCAUGGAUUAUCCAAAUACUUCUAACCCGUCAAUCACUCUUCCAACCCAACAACAACAACACCAAUAUGCUAUGUAUAACAGUUUGAACCUUAGCCCGAAUGGCAAUACGGGUAUAACUAACCAUUCAAACCCGACUACACCAUCAUCCAUCAUGGAUUUUCCGAAUACUUCUAACCCAACAACAAUCACUCUACAACAACAACAACAUGUUAGGCAUAACAAUUACCUUAGCCCGAAAGUCAAUACGGGCAUGACUAACCAUUCAAACCCGACUACACCAUCAUCCAUCAUGGAUUAUCCGAAUACCUCUAACCCGUCAAUCACUCCACCAACCCAACAACAACAACAAUCUGUUGUGCAUAACAGUUGGAACUUUAACCCGAAUGUCAAUACGGGCAUGACUAACUAUUCAAACCCGACUACACCAUCAUCGUCCAUGGACCCGUAUUUUUCCAUCGGAUCUUCACCCGAGUUCUACUACUCUGAAAACCUGAACUGUGCUAGCUCAAGUUACGAAUAUGACCCUAGUAAUACAAUAUUGGAGAAUUUAGCAAACGGGAGGCCCAGGCCCGAGAAAGGGAAACUUCUACAGGCUGUGAUGGAGGCGGGCCCGCUUCUUGAGUCACUUAUGGUGGCCGGACCCGUGCCUCAGUGGUCGAAUCCUUCGCCGCCACAAGUGGCGCGUACUCCGCAACUUCCUCCCUUGCCUAGUUCAAUGAGCAAGCGACCACGAUAUAGUGAGAUUUUUAAUUAG